UUGCAGAAAUGAGGUGUAAACGGAGACUUCCAAAGUUUCAAAUCAACUUGCCCAAGUACCUUGCCCAUGUGUAGAAAUAUAGAAAAUACAGGUUUAUUCGCAGGGCUGUUCAUUUACCUACCUAAUGGGUAGUAUCUGUGAACUUGAUGAGAUGCAUCGAGUAAGCGGGCGGGUGCCUGAAACAGCUGAGCUCGGCAAAGUAACCACCUACCUACAUGCUACCUCAGCACAUCCAUCCAACUCAACCUUGAACAUCUAUAUACCUACCUAUAAAAACCAUCAGACGGGAAGAUCCAACGAUUUCAAUCCCCAAUAGCACCUAUUCCACUCUUUUUGUUGUUGUAAAGCUGAUUUCCCAGGAAAUCCGAGCACCAAAAUGCAUUAUUCCCUCCGAGCUCUCCCAUUCCUAGCAACGCUGACGCAGUUCCUCUCCGCAACCGCCGAACCAGCAGCAGCCCAGCAACACAUUCUCCCCGCCGCCGAAGACAAUGACGAUACGCCGCUGCCCGUGGUGAUCUGGCACGGUCUAGGCGACAGCUACACAGCUGAGGGGAUGCAACAAGUCGGCUCGCUCAUCGAGGCCUCGAACCCCGGCACCUUCGUGUACUUCGUGCGUCUUGACGACAGCGGCGAAGGCGACCGACGCUCGACCUUCUACGGCAACGUAACAGAGCAGCUGUCCAAAGUCUGCUCGGACCUAGCCUCGCACCCGAUCCUCUCGACGGCGCCCGCCAUCGACGCCGUCGGCUUCUCUCAGGGCGGCCAGUUUCUCCGCGGCUACGUGGAGCGGUGCAACUUUCCGCCCGUGCGCAACCUCGUGACCUUCGGGUCGCAGCACAACGGCAUCGUCGACUACCGCGCGUGCACGAGCAGCGACUGGCUGUGCCGCGGCGCCAUGGCGCUGCUCCACAGCAACACGUGGACGUCGUUCGUGCAGUCGCGCCUCGUGCCCGCGCAGUACUUCCGGGACCCGGCGGACCUCGACAGCUACCUCGCGUACUCGAACUUCCUCGCCGACAUCAACAACGAGCGCGCGCUCAAGAACGCGACGUACGCGGCCCACAUCGCGGCCCUCGAGAACUUCGUCAUGUACAUGUUCGAGGACGACACCACCGUCAUCCCCAAGGAGACGGGCUGGUUCGAGGACGUCGAGGACGGCGCGAGCACGCCCCUGCGCGCUCGCAAGAUGUACCAGGAGGACUGGAUCGGUCUGCGCGCUCUUGAUAGGAAGGGCGGGCUGAAGUUCAAGACUACGCCGGGCGAGCACAUGCAGCUGUCCGACAGUGUGCUAACUGAGGUGUUCAACGAGUUCUUUGGUCCCUACAAGACUUCAUCUAAGGAGUCCAAUGUCGUGGGAGAAUUGUAAAAACAUCACGUACAACAAAGUUGUCAUUCUAGGCGUUUCUGGUGUUCGGAUACUGUCGCAAUAUAUAUAUAUAUAUAUAUAUAUAUAUAUAUAUAAUACCAUCUAUAUAACGGCGUGAGGGGCCAUUUCAUCUGAACUCGCUGACUGUCGA